GUGAAGAACAGAUUCGUAUAAGCUUAACACAGAAACAAGAUCAUCAAGUAACAGAUCGCUUGUUUCUUGAAUCCUCAAUUUCCUGUUUGUUCUUCCGUUUAGGAUUUACGGAGCAAAAUGGAAUUACCAGAGCCAACAAAUUUAUUGUUUCAAAGAAUCUGCGAAAUGGAUGCGGAAUGUGCGACCACGAUCAUCGAGUACAUUAUUCUAAACACAGACGAUCGCGAUAUGAUCCGAUUGGCCUUCUGUCCUGAUACUGUUCUUCAAUCUUUCAUCGAAGACGCCAAAUCCGACCUAGGAAUCACUGAAAUGGUGUCCUCUGCGCUAUCCCCUGUUUCGAUUUCCGACCCCUAUUUUCCCUUAUCCGUGUACCGCCGCGACCCUUCCUCUCGAUUAUUCCCCUCCGAGUCCUACUCCGAUUUGGACAUUCAAAACCCUAUGCGGUUUCUUUCCCUGGAGGAUCAAUUCGAUUCGGUGAAUCCGGUUGGGCUGCGGGGGUUUCCGUUUAAGAUUUGUCACUAUUUCAGCAAAGGAUAUUGUAAGCACGGGAGUAAAUGCAGGUAUUUCCACGGGCAAGUUAAGGCGGCGAAUGCGAAUCACGAGCAGCGAGUUAUCCUUCGUGGUAAGGCGCUUGAAAACCUGGAAAUGGAAAUCGUUGGGCUUCUGAAAUCCCGUCGAGGGAGUCCGAUUUCAAUCGCGUCUUUGCCGAUGGUUUAUUAUGAUUUCUACGGCAAGAAUCUUCAAGCCGACGGGUAUCUUACUGAAGGCCGUGGAUUUGGGAGGGCUUGUUUUAGCCUCACUAGACUUCUCUCUAGUUUGAACUCCAUUUGUGUUCUUGACAGGCCACAUGGGCAACAUUCGUUAAUCUUGGUCGAGGAUAUUGGAAAGUACAUAGAUUCCUCUGAAAACAUUGCUCGACAGAUUUACAUUACAUUUCCAGCUGCUAGUACUUUCACAGAACAGGAUGUUUCAAGCUACUUCGACAAAUAUGGACCUGUUCAAGAUGUUAAGAUACCAUACCAACAGACCAGGAUGUAUGGAUUUGUAACAUUCGUUUAUGCUGAGACAGCCAGACAUGUUCUCUCAAUCAGGACUACUCAUUUUGUCUGUGGUGCUCAAGUUCUUGUUAAGCCUUACAAGGAGAAGUCUAGGCUUAUACAGAGAAAUAAUGCUGAAAAUAACAGUGAAGGAAACAUGGAAGAAGCCAAUUCUAUGCCAAGAGCCACUAAUGAUUCACUGACAAGGAUUCUGAUUGAUGAAAAUGAGCUACAGCGACAACGCUCUGAGCUUCUUUUGUCAUUGGUGAAUUCAACAAACGAAUGGACACAUUCAUCAGGCAAUGCAGAAGGGCCAGACCUGUUAUCCACUGAUCAGCAGCAGCAUGAACAGUUACCUUCAUUGACUGACCAAGCUGAUGAUGAUAGCACAACACAGGAGGUUGAUCUACCGGAGAGCCCGUUUGCAGCUUCGACGAGGAGGUGAAUUCGAACCGAGUUUAUAGAUGAAGAUGUUGAUAGAAUAAGAAGAUACAAGACUACUACAUUUUUUCCCCCACAAUCGGUUUAGUUUACGACAGAUUUUAUGUGUUUGUUUCUGGUUUCUAAUAGGUAGAAGAAAAGUGGAUUAUUCUGACUAAGAAAGUAAAGAGGAGUAGAGAUGGAUUUGUUUUGUUUUUCUAAGAAAAGUUUGCCAUUUCCUAGAAUAGUGUGUUUUUUGAUUUACUUUUUUCUAUUUAGUUCAAGGAAAUGGUGUAAAUGAAAGACAUAAUGUCUGCAACUCAAAUAAAUGACUUUUAGUUUC